AACGCGUGAUAGACACGACUCAUGAUCGGGUACGUGGACCCAAAAAUUGAUAAAAUGCAUCAUCAUUCAUCCAUUUGCGUUACUUAUAUUGAAUUAAUUCCUCAUAUACAAUUUUCCUUUCCUUUGAGUUUUCCUCACCCGCACUGCACCCUUCAAUCGCAAUCAGAAUCAGAAUCAGAAUCUCUUCCUUUCCUCUCCGAUCAAUCAUGUCUCACCGUACUUCUCCCACCGCCCUCCACAUCUCCACCGCUCCUCCUUUUCAGAUCUCCAAAGAUUUUCAAGGCUCUGACAAUCCUAUUCCACUCUCACCUCAAUGGCUUCUGCCAAAGCCAGGGGACGGAAAACCUGGAGCUGGAACUGUGGAAAACCAUGUGAUCUCAACUCCGACAUCUGGCAAUCGCUCAGAGCCCGUUAAGAUGUCUGGAAAUGGAGAGGAUGCGCGUGAUGACCAUAAGAGAAAGGAUGUCUUUAGGCCAUCUGUGCUUGACUCUGAAAGUGGACGUCAUGACCGUUGGCGCGAUGAAGAGCGAGAUACCAAGUCCUCCGUACGCAAGGAUCGAUGGAGGGAUGGUGACAAGGUCUUGGGUGAUGCUCAGAGAGCGGACCGAUGGGUGGAUAACCCAUCCACAAGGAACUUCGGAGAAACACGUCGUAGUACAUCUGAUAGAUGGAAUGAUUCAGGUAAUAGGGAAAUGAAUUUCGAUCAGCGGCGUGAGAAUAGGCGGACCUCACGCUGGGGUCGUGAUGAGAAGGAGCCUGAAGUUUUUCAUGAGAAACAAAACGAAUCUGGUAAAAAUGGUGAUCCGCAUCUGGACAAAGUUUUGUCUCACAUUUCCAAUCCUGGUAAGGAUGAAAAGGAAGGGAAGAUAGAGCCGUGGAGACCUAGCUCCUUUCAAAGACGUGCGAAGAUAGAGCCUUCCCAUCAGCAGAAUGUGACACCCAGCAAACAAGUGCCAAUAUUUUCUUCUGGGCGGGGCCGUGGGGAGGAUACAUUUCCAGUUGCUAAUCCUGGACGUGGCCGGUUUGGCUCUGGUGGGAGCCCUAUAAAUAGCUCAUAUAUGCAUUCUCAAUACCCUCAAACUGGAUUGGAUAAAGUUGAAAGUGAGCGUGGAGAAGCUCAUCCAUUUAGUUAUAGUAGGACUAAUAUCCUUGAUGUGUACAAAGUGACUGAUAUGCAUACAGCUAUAAAACUAGUCGAUGAUUUUGCGCAGGUUCCUCCGUUUACACAAGACAAACCAUCGGAGCCUCUAGCUCUCUGUGCACCAACUUCUGAAGAACUGACCGUCUUAAAGGGUAUUGACAAAGGAGAAAUAAUUAGUAGCAGUGCACCUCAGGUGCCAAAAGAUGGAAGGAACUCAGCAGAAUUUACACAUUCAAGACAAAUGAAGCAUGGAAAUGCACCUCUCCAAGAUAGAGGUGAAGAUGGAGGUUCUUAUAAAGUAGCUGAUGAGGUGCAUAGUAACAGAGAAUCAGCCUUUGAAGAAAAUAAUUCUGUUCGUCCUGGUACUGGAUGGCAUGCCACAUCGCUGGGCGAACAAGCAAGCAGUCUCAUGCAUGAUAGCAAAGAUGUGCCUGGUGAUGUCAGGUCAAGACACUCAGAUAUGAAGUUGUCACACCAGCCAAAAGAUACACGUACUCAGUGGGAAAAUAAUUUGGACCAUUCAUCCGAUGCCAUAGAUGUAGCUAAGUGGCAAUCUGGCGAAAAUUCAAUUGUUAAAAGGCAACUAACUGGCUUUUUGGAUGGUGAACUUGAAACCAGGAAAGUUACGCUGACUUCGCCAGAGGAGUUAUCCCUUUUCUAUAAAGAUCCUCGAGGUCAAGUUCAAGGUCCAUUCAAAGGAAUUGAUAUUAUUGGAUGGUUCGAGGCUGGAUAUUUUGGUAUUGAUUUACUAGUUCGUCUGGAAAGCGCAGCAGCUGACUCGCCAUGGUUCCAACUUGGUGAUGUCAUGCCCCAUUUACGAGCUAAAGCCCGACCACCACCUGGGUUCCCUACAACAAAACUUGACACUACAGAGGCACCUGUUAGGCAAAGUUCCAGUACCUUUGGGAAUAUUCCUACUGGGCCGAGUGAGCUUGAGAUGUUGAGAAAUAAUUCCAUGCACAGACUGGGUUCUGCUACUGAAGCUGAAAAUAGGUUUUUGGAGUCGCUGAUGUCUGGUAGCAAGAGCAGUCCCCCACUUGAAAACCUGACUUUAUCAGAAGGAAUACAAGGGUUUAUUGGAAACAAUUCUGGUAAUUUGGGCACAUCAGGAGUUGAUGGUGGAAACAACCCAUACCUGCUGGCCCAGAGGAUGGCACUUGAACGACAGAGGUCCUUAACAAAUCCUUAUCCAUAUUGGCCAGGGGUUGAUGCAGGAUCCCUUCCGCCAAAACCAGACAUAGUUCCAGAUGCAUCACCACUUUCAAAACUCAUGUCUUCAAUGAGCAGCAAUUCUCGACAGCUUCAGUCCCAAAAUUCUGAGUUGAACUCAGUUAUCCAAGGAUUAUCCGACAGGGGAUCCGCAGGCUUAAAUAAUGGUGUUGCCAGCUGGUCAAAUUAUCCCUUACAAGGUGGAUUGAAUCCCCUUCAGAAUAAUAUUGACUUACAUCGUGAUCAAAAUUUUAUACCAUUUGGAAUUCAACAACAAACAUAUCAAGCACCAAACCAAUUUUCUUUUAAUAACUUAAUAGCUCAAACUGCAGAUAACCCUAGUAUUUUGGCAGCAGAACAAUUAUUUUCUUCCAGUUUGUCCCAGGAUCCCCAGAUGGUGAAUAUGUUGCAACAGCAAUACUUACUGCAGUUGCAUUCUCAGGCAACUACUCCUUCGCAGCAUAUAUUAGAUAAACUCCUAUUUUUGAAGCAGCAAGAGGAGCAACAGCUGUUAAUGCGCCAACAACAGCAAUUGCUUUCUCAAGUGCUGCAGGGGCAUCAUUCUCACCAGCACUUUGGUGAUUUGUCUUAUGGACAGAUGCAGGCUGGUGGAAUGCGAAUGGGGAAUUUGCAUGUGGACCCUUCUCAACGUCAAUCAUCCCAUGAAAUUUUUCCUAUGAGUUCUCAAACACCAGUUCCCAGUGUGCAUGAUGAGCUUAGUACCCAAUCUUUGAAUUUAUCUCUGCAAGAAGGCCAAGGUACAAGCUUUAAUAACAUCAUUGAAUCUUCUGUGCAGCUGCCUCAUCAAUUAUUUGGGAAUGUUAGUCAUCAUAAAAGUUGGGACACUACUAUUCCUGAGCAAAUUAAUGAAGAGUACCAGAAGGAAACAUCGCCUGCAUCCGCUUCUGUUGAAAGUUUCUUAUUGCAUGAGCAGAAUAGGACCACAGAAGAACCUAAUAUUGCACAGAAACCUUUUUCCGCUUCUGACUGUACUGUUAAAUAUGUGGAGCAGAUGUCAGAUAACAAUGGUAGGGCUGAUGGUACUCUUGUGAAUGCCAUUUCAGAGUCUGUUGAGCAUUCCAAACCUGCUCUGUGUGUUGAACCUGUUAUUGCGGCGUCUUCGGCUGAAUCUUGUGAGAUUGAGUUACCACUGGCAGGUCAACUGGGUAUGGAUGUGGAAAUUAAACCAGGUAGUGUUGAAGAACAGGUAGGUGGAAGAGUCAUCUCAAAUGUUGAGCCAUCUGUGGUGGAUACAAGAGAUAUUGAAGUGCGAGAACCCAAAAAGGCUACUGAGAAGAAACCGAAGAAGCAAAAAUCUUCCAAAUCCCAAUCUUCUGGUCAAGCAAAGGGAUUGCCAAAAAAUGCAACUUUGCAGCAGUCAAAUAAUUCAGAACCUGAAAAGUCAAAUUAUAGUGAAAUCAAUUUGAAGGAAGUCAAUAGGGAUGAAGAAGAUUAUGAAACACAUCUCAAACAAACAAGUGGUGAAGAAAGUUUAUCCAGAACUGCUAUCACAAAGGCAGUUGUUCAUCAAGAAGUUAGUGAUCUCCCUGCUAAUAUUCGAGAAAGCAUCACUGAAACAGUUGUUGAGAAUGACUCGAAGUCAUUAAGUUCUGUUGCCAUACAGACUACUGAAUUGCCUGCAGGGAGAGCUUGGAAACCUGCUCCUGGUUUCAAGGCGAAGUCUUUAUUAGAAAUUCAACAGGAAGAACAGAAAAAGGCACAGACAGAGAUGCCUGUAAUUGAGGUUGCUACUACUGUCAAUUCCCUCAGUGUGACUACUCCCUGGGUUGGAGUUGUGGCCAAUCCAGACUCUUCAAAAGUGUCUAGUCAAAAUCACAAAGAAGCAGGUAGUACUGAAAAUCUGGUCAAAACCAAAACUUCUCAAAAUAGUAAGAGCAAGAAAAGUCCGUUGCAUGAUCUAUUAGCAGAAGACGCGGAGAUUUUUAAUGAAAGAGAUAGCACAGGUCCAGACAGUAUAUCAUUCUCACAAUAUAUAACUGCUGCCCAUUCAGAACCAAUUGAUGACGGAGAUUUCAUUGAAGCUAAAGACACUAAAAGGAGUCGGAAAAGAUCUACAAAAUCAAAGGGUUCAGGGUCUAAGAUCUCAAAGCCAGUUGCUUCUAGUGAAACACCAAUAAGUUCAAGUCCCAUUGAAAAGGGAAAAAGCUCCCGCUCUGUGCAGCAGGAGAAAGAACAACUGUCUACUAUACCUUCAGGACCCUCUCUGGGAGAUUUUGUUCUUUGGAGGGGAGAGCCAACAAGCCCAUCUCCUUCUCCAGCUUGGACAAUUGAUUCUGGCAGGGUUCCCAAACCACUGUCAUUAAGGGACAUUCUAAAGGAACAGGAGAAAAAGUCUUCUUCUGCAGUUCUCCCAAACCAAUUUCCUACCCCUCAGAAAUCACAGCCGGCCCAAGCUGCUCAGAGUAGUGUUCCUUCACGGACAAUUUCAGCUUCAGCUCAAUCUAAAGCUGCAUCUUCUAGCCACACAAACUCCCAAGCUUCUCAUUCAAAAUACAGAGGGGAUGAUGACAUGUUCUGGGGUCCAAUUGAGCAAUCUAAGCUAGAAACUAAGCAGUCAAAUUUCCCUCAGCUUGCAAGCCAGGGGAGUUGGGGUUCCAAAAACGUUCCCAUGAAAGGUAGUUCACCUGGAUCAUUAAGCCGUCAAAAAUCAGGGAGUAGCAAACCAACUGAGCGAUUGCUGUCAUCGUCACCUGUCUCUUCUCAAUCAUUGCUGAAAUUAAAAAAAGAUGUCAUGACUAGGAACUCUGAAGCCACAGACUUCAGAGUCUGGUGUGAGAAUGAAUGUGUGAGGCUUAUUGGGACAAAAGAUACAAGUUUCCUCGAGUUUUGCUUGAAGCAAUCAAGAUCCGAAGCAGAGAUGUUUCUGAUAGAAAACCUCGGAUCAUAUGACCCUGAUCAUGAAUUCAUUGAUAAAUUCCUCAAUUACAUGGAGUUACUGCCAUCUGAAGUUUUGGAAAUAGCUUUUCAGACUCAGAAUGAUUGGAAAGUUGCUGGAGGCGUGAUAUCUGGAAACACUAGUUUACAGGAUAUCGGACAGACUGAUGGAUCCUCCUCAAAAGGUGGGAAGAAGGGUAAGAAAGGGAAAAAGGUUAGUGCUUCAGUUUUGGGAUUCAAUGUCGUAAGUAACCGGAUUAUGAUGGGUGAGAUCCAGACAGUAGAAGACUAAUGUGUGACAUUAACACAGGUUGUUGCCGAACAUGUAAAUAUGUUUUGUCCAUAUUUUGUUGUACAUGAAUUUUUCAUUUUAGGACUUUUCUUUAUACAGCAACAGUAGCAGCAUCAAUUGGAUCUGCUAAAGCAAUUUUGUAAUUUUAAUUUUAAUCUAAAGCCAGCCUUAAUUUAAUUCUA